AAAAAAUUAUAAUAAAAAAAAUAAAACAAAGAACAAAAUUCUAACGUAAAUUUUAUUAUACUGUCAAAAAAUUAUAAAAAACACGGUAUUGUCUCAUUGGGAUAAACUAAUGGCUGAUACAAUAUUAGUUGAACAAGAAAAACAGGUGAAAAAAUUUAAACGCGACUUUGAAGGAUGGCGUGAAUUAAUUUUAACAUUAAAUUCGGUACUAUUAUGGGAAAAACAAUGGUAUCCAGCUGUAAUUGGUGUUUUAAAUACGUCAAUUUUUCUUAUAUUUUGGAUAUGGGAUCCUUCAGUUUUGACAACCAUCUCAAUUUUCAUGCUUGUUGCAAAUCUUGCUGAUUGUUUAGUGCCUAAGUUAAUUUCAACAGUGUAUCAAUCGAAUUGGACUGGUGCUAAGGAAAAACAAUUUGAACAAAUUUGUAAAUCGUUGACAAAUGUCUGUUUUGAAGUGAAAGGUUUGCUUUGGAAAUGUCGUGAAUUGAAAUCAUCUAAACCGAAAAUGUAUUACACAUGUAUUAUCGCUGGGUUGAUAAUCUUAGCAUGGAUUGGUAACGAAGUAAAUAAUUUACUUCUAACGUAUUUAAUAUUCAACAUGGUACUUUUCGCUCCAGGAGCAUUACAACAUGGUAUUUUUGAUCGUUAUGGUUCUAAAAUUAGUGCUCAUUUAGCAGAAACAAUUAAUAUGUUCAAAACAAAAUUUAUUGAUUGUAAAAAGGAGAAAGAAAAUUAAUCUAAAUUUCAUAUCAGUAAUUUGUUUUAUUUUACAAUUUUAAAAUAAAAUCUAAAUUUUGAAUGUUUUAAUUAAAAUAUUUGCUGUAGCUGUAAUAAUUAGUAUUCAUGUUAUUAGAAUUAAAUACUCAUAUAAUAAGCUAUUUAAAAAGAAAGAUGCAGAGUGGUGAUUGAGCUGGAAAACCUGGAAAUAUCAGGUAGCUUUGAGAUUUUGAAAAAUUUUUGAUAUCUUAGUAUCGGUUCAGGAAAAGUGAUAUAAUUUGCAGUCUUUAUAAUUGAAAUCGUCAACGAUAUCUCGAAAUGUAUAUAAUUCUGCAUCAAUUUCAAUCACAAAAUCUCCGUUUUUAGGAUUGAUGAACGUAAAUGAACCUUUUUUGUCAGAAUACGUUACAAAAGAGAUUUCUGUAUUUUUCAAGAAGAAACAUUUCAAAUUAUGAAAUUUGGGAACAGUUAAAUAAUUUUUGUUUUUGGAAAUUGGAAAUUUCAUAAGAACAAUUCGAUCGCCACCCUGAAAAAGCACAUAAUUUGUUUAAUUUUGUGAUAUAUUUCGAGACUGAAUUUUGUUCUUUGCCAUUAUGUUUUUUAGUCAUUAAUAUCAGCAGCGUAUAUGUUAAAUCAAUUAACUCCGUGUUGAUUUUUUUUAAAUUUUAAAUUAUAACCCCUCAAGGCUUCAUUUUUUAUGUUCAUAAUGAGCUUUCUCUAACAACAAAGUUUUAUGAAUUUCCCCUACUUUUAUUGCUUGGGAAUAUUCGUUAUGAACAUGAACAGAGGAGUUAAUCGAUUUAGCAAAUACUAUACUCUUAAUCUUUCACGAUCAUUUUCUUUUUCAUGUUAGAUAAGCUUUAAAACGCAUUGCUUUAAAAUGCUUUUUAUUUCAAAUUCUAUUGAUAAUUUGUAAGUAUUGAUAUUCUUCACAUUAAAGAAUUUUAUUAAUCAA